AUGCGGGGGGCGGAGGCGGUGGUGGUGACAGCGACGGCGGCGCCCGAGGCGGGCCGCGACGGGGAGCAGCCUGGGCAGCCGCCAGGGCUCGGGUGCGCGGCGCACGGGGAGCCUGGCAGUGGCGGCAAACAGUGGAAGAAAUUCUUGUAUUGUGAGCCACAUAAGAGAAUUAAGGAAGUGCUGGAAGAAGAACUUUAUAUUAAGAGAGAUGAAUGUCACAUCAAAAAUCCACCUGCAGUGGCCCUGGAAGGGAUUUGGAGCAUUAAAAGGAACCUCCCUGUGGGAAGCUUGAAGCCAGGACUGCCAAGCAGAAACAGUUUAUUGCCUCAAGCCAAGUACUAUUCGAGGCACGGAGGACUGAGAAGUAAGACCCUGAUAUCCUUUACUUUCAUCAAAGCCCCUGAGCUUACUGGGCAAGCAACAAAAGAGUGGCAUCUACCUUUUUUAAAGAUCUCAAUCAAAAUUCAAUCAUCCCUUUAAA